UUGUAGGUGGAACAGCAAGACUCACUCCUGGCCCUGAAGGAUGUGAUGAUCAGCAACUUGGUGUCCCGGAUCCACACCCUGGAACAAACCACGUAUAAUGGCUGUUUCCUCUGGAAAGUCUCUGAGGUGGGACUUAGAACUCGGGAAGCACAAGAUGGAAACCGCCCGGCACUUUAUUCACCCGCAUUUUACACCAGCCGGUAUGGUUACAAAGUCUGCCUCAAGCUGUUCCUGAAUGGAGAUGGGACAGGAACCGGAACCCACAUCUCUCUCUUCCUGGUUCUAAUGAAAGGGGAAUAUGAUUUCCUGCUGAAAUGGCCUUUCCGGCACAAGGUCACGCUCAGUCUCCUGGAUCAAGAAAACAAGCACCACAUUUCCACGUCAUUUCGACCCCUGGAGUCCUCAUCCUCAUUCCAGCGCCCCGUGAGUGAAACCAAUGUGGCCAGUGGUCUCCCCGAAUUCUGCCCCCUGAACUUACUCCAUUGCUCCAGGACUUCAUAUAUCCAUAAUGACACUUUAGCCAUUCAAGCUGUGAUUGACACAGAAACAUAGACUGAAUUUAAGCCCACCGGACUGGAGACCAGCUAGUGAUAACUGUUGCUCAUGGACACAGAGAGAGUUUGGUAUGGUGGUUUCAGAAUGGUUACCUAAAGAGACACAGCUGCAUUGUUCACAAUCUCUUCCCUUGAUGGGCCUAUCAGAAAAGCAGAAACUUGGAAACUGUCCUACCUUUCCAGAGAUAGGUAGGCACAUUAGGGUGAUUGGAGGUGGGGUGGGAAUUGAAUCUAGACUUUGUAAAGUGUAUCCAGUUUAGGACGGAUCCAGGCUUUAUAGGGUCUGUUACACCCAUAACUAUAUAGUGGCUCCAGUCUUAAAUGGGAUCCCGAUUUUGUAAAUUCUGUUCAUGACUAUCAUGACUACAUUGAUAAUGGAUAGAUCGCACUGACAGUGGGGCAGUGAACAGUCCUUUUAGACCAAACUUUAAAGGAAUUAGGGGAUAGCUCCUUAAAGGGUAUGGAAAACACGGGACAGGUUCACUACCCCACUAACAUGACAACUACCAGCCCUAACAGCAUGACUGAUGUUGGAGGCUCAACACUGGCAGGCAGUCUGUUGUUAAUUUUUAGUACUUGCAGGUGUGCUUUUACAAAUCAAUGAAAUUCAACACAUUUCAUUAAACCAUCAUCAUCUUUAUCUUCAUCCAACUAAAGUUGAUAACAGUCUGAGUACCAUGAAAGCAAUAGCAAAAUAUUGAUCAUUUAUUGUAUUUCUGGAUUGAUAGGUCCAGAGCAGGCUCAACUACAUAGGAGU